AAAAAAAGAAGAAUGCUCGGGACAACUGUUUGGAUAUUUUUUCUUUUUCAUCUUCCAGAUACAAUCUUGGCAAAUAAUAAUGUGAUUGGUACAGAUUGUGUAAAACCAUUCGACAUCUAUUUCGCUAUAGACGGAUCAGACAGUAUUUCUUAUAAAGAUUUCCAAUUAUUAAAGAAAUCCAUAGUUGAUCUUGUGGACCAGCUAAAUAUUGGAGAAGGAAAUGGCCGGAUGGGUAUGCUUGUUUACAGUAGUUCCUUAGCUACAAUGGUGGAACCUUCCUUCGAUAGAGACUAUCUUAAAGAGCAUGCCAUGAAUUUACCUCAUCCUCAAGAGGGUACUAAUACGGCUCUUGCAAUUAGGACCAUUACAGAAAUAUUUCAAGUGGCCAACAGAACUGGUGUGCCACAAAUAGGAGUUGUCAUUACUGAUGGCAGAUCAAAACCCCCCGGUGAGGCAGCGAGAGAGGCUAGAAUAGCUAAAGACAUAGGAAUAAAUAUGUAUACAGUUGGAGUAACAGAUAACAUAGAUGUGGAUGAACUCAAAGGCAUCGCUUCGUCUAAAGAAAAUGUACUUUCGGUUCAGUCGUUUGGCCAGUUAGCUUCCAGAAUACAAGAUGUUGUGCAGCUUGUGUGUCCAACUACCACCACUACUACCACCACCACACCUGCACCACCAACCACAACCAUCCCAACCACCACACCAGAGGGCGCCACUCCUCCUAUGCCACCAACAAUGGCGCCUUCAAAGGGACCAUGUGAUGAUUGUAAGAUGCUGAAUGGCAUCGGUUUCAACCCUCACCCUGAUGACUGUGAUAAAUUCACACAAUGUUAUUUCGGAUCAAAUGGACAAGUCCGAAUGGCUUACAGACAGUGUCCGUUUGGUCAAUACUGGGAUCAGAGUGUACUCACUUGUCGGCCAUCAGAACAAGUUCCCUGUGAGAAAGAUAAAUGUGGUAAACCACGAAUCACGUCGUAUGCGUACAGUAAUACAGGGAACUGUAGGGCUCAUUGGGCUUGUAACUUCGGAAAGGCGACAGCGACGUGUUGUCUGGAGGGUUUCCGAUACGUUCCAUACGUUGGCUGCAAAAAAGACCCGAGAUGUACUGACCCAUGUCCACCAACUUUCCACCAAGAAGGUCCCUGUGACACUAGGAUGAUCUUUAAUGAGCCUAGAUAUUUCGAACAAUUUGUCAAUGGCUUAGGAUGGUUAAAAAUGCCUUGUGCUCCUGGAACCCAGUAUGAUCCAAACACUUGUCAGUGUUCUCUGCAUGCCUCCUUUUUACCUGGAAGAGAGUGCAAAGCAGAGCUAUUCAUACCAUUUAGCAGUGAUGCCAAGGAUUAUUCCGGAAAGAACAUUUAUGUGGAAAAUCAAGGUGUCAGAAUCAUUGGAAACGGUUUGGGGUACUUCAACGGAAGCGCUCGUCUCAUCAUUAAUCGCUUUGCUAACAUCGACUUUUAUACAGACUUAGUUGUCAAAAUGAGAUAUUUAGACGACCCAAGGUCAUCCGGACUUCAUGCUUUGUUCAGUAAUGGCGACUGCUGCGAUAAUCCAGCAACUAUGAUGUUACUGAAAAGUAGAGACAAUCUUCACUUCAUGGCAAAAACGGAAGUUGAUAUGAAGAAUAAGACGAUCGACCGAGUGACUACAUUUCACCUUCCAGCUAAGCGUGGAAAUUGGAAUGAAGUCUAUUACAUGCACGACACAAAAUCUCUGGAGGGCAAAGUAAACGGUAUAGGAAUGGAAACUUGGGCAUAUGGACCCAUCAAACGAUCACAAGCUGCUUUACACAUCGGCUACGGUAGAGGACUCCAGAACUUCAGGGGAUACAUGGAUUACGUCACAGUGUUUCUUUGUAGACCUCGGUACCUAUGUGUUCUUUGUAGCGGCGAUAAAGACUGCAAAAGCUUCUUAUUUAACGGUAAAACUAAACAGGUUCAGUUGUUAACAACCAUCGAAAGUCCAGGCGCUCCACCUGGAAAUGGCAAUGACUGGAGGUAUUUUAUUAAGAGAACUGAGCCUCGAGUAUGUGAAGCAGGAUGGGAGAAAUUUGGAGAGUCUUGCUAUUUGUUCAGUCUCUCGUAUGGCACUUGGAAUAACGGAAAAACUUUUUGUGAGGGAGAGGGAGGGUAUUUAGUUGAAAUAACGAGCUUGGAGGAGGAUACUUUUAUCAGAGAUUAUGUCAGAAACAGGGGAUUGAUGGCUUUUGAAACCCGCGACAGUUGGAUCGGAGCAACGGAUGUAGCAGUAGAGGGUUCCUUCAUUUGGUCCGGAAGUGGACAACCCAUCACGUACAAUAACUAUGGACCUAAUAACCCGGAUAAUAGCGGCGGGAAUCAACAUUGUCUUAUACUGUACCAACCUUCAGACUACAAGUGGCACGAUACACAGUGCACAAACCAAAACUCUUUUAUUUGUGAAAAAUAAUCACUCGUUUAAGAACAAUUUUUAAAUAUUUUUUUAAAAAGCUCGCUUACAAAAAACAAAACAUUUUAAUUAAAGAGAAAUGACCCCAUUAUCAAUGUGGAACAUUCAUUGCUUUAAUGGCUGACUUAUGUGUGUUAUUUUUUUUAUUUCUUUAUAAAAAAAAUAUAACCAUGAUAUUUACAGUUUACUUCACGAUGAUUUUGAAGUUGAUGACUUCAAAAACAAACGAGUUAUCUUUCCUAGAGUUUAAUUACACCUUAAUAGUUACAUUAUGUCAUUAUAUCAGUGGUAUACUGGAUUUUAAAUGAAUUCAAUUAAACGUUUGUCUUGUUGGCAAUCCUCAAGUCUUGUUCACAUUAAAUACAAAGUAAUGAAUGUUAAAGGAAUCUCAACGAUUCUUAUAGGCAGUAGUUUAGAAUUCGAAGGUCUUCUACUACUUUUUAAAACAGAACAUAUGUUUGUUACAUAUGUAUAUACGCACUGAAUUGCUGACGAAUUUUCCGUUAUUUCCCAAUCAUGACAAAGAGUACACGGUGGGUGUAACCGGUCGGCAGGGGAUGCUCACUGCUCGAUGACACCUGAUCCAACCUCUGAUGUUUAGGAUGUCCGUGUCUGCUCUGCUCCUAUUUUCUAUUGCUUAAUGUACUUUUGAUCUUGAAUACUGUUCAUUAUCUCUUUUUAUUUCAUGUAUAAAAUGAAUAUGAUUUAUUUGAUAUGCAUUCUGUUCGUUAAUGUUUUAUCUAUAUUUCCUGGGUAAGUGAUCAAAUGCAGUUCAAUAGCAAAGAUUCUAUUGAUCCUAUACUGACCUUUCUUGCCAAGAAACGUUGCAUCUCGUGAUGCCAGUUUCUUUAUAUGUUUCGGAUGAGGGUUUUUAAAUUCUUUUUUCUCGGAAUGAAUAAAUAGAUGAGCUUAUUUAGAGUACCUUACUUUUCAAAUUCACAUAAAUGUAUUCUAAAAUGCUUUAUUAAAUUAAAUCAUUCAAUAUAAUUUGUACAGCAAAAAGUACUUUUUUAGAACUAUCAAUGCGUUG